AUGGAUCCUCUUUCCGCCCUGAGUCUUGCAGCUGCCAUCGCUCAAUUUAUUGACUACGGAUCGAAAAUUGUCUCCCAAACGAAAGAAAUUGCGGAUUUAGGCUCUUCUGUGAACGUACAGCAUUUGUCAACCAUUACAAAUGAUAUCAAGGGGAUAAACUCGAGCUUGAAGAGACAACUGAAGGUCGAUGUGAAAAGUAGUGCGACCUUAUCUCAAGAAGCUCUGGACCUCCAAUCGCUCGCUAUCCGAUGUAAUGAGAUUGCUCAAGAGCUCGUCGAAUGCUUAACCAAAGUCACAAUAACAGGCGACAAAAAAGAUACUUGGACAAGUAUCAGAGCCGCUAUUAAAACUGUUUGGACCAGUCAGCAAAUCGCAACUCUGUCACAAAGACUCAAUGACUAUAGAAGCCAGUUAACUCUUAGACUGCUUCUGGUCAUAAAUUCUCAGCAUACGCUGCAAGACAAAAAGCUGGACAAGUUGUCCCGAAGCAAUGGCGAAAUUGUGGAAGCCGUGACUAUCAGCCUAGGAACCUUGCAGUCUGCAAUCAACGAUCAGAAUAAUAAGUUAAAUAAACGCCAUGCAGAGACCAUUGCAGCAAUAUUGACAACUAGAGGUGGCGAUUCUCGAACUAUUACAGGUUCUUCAACGUCAAUAUUCGAGUCUAACCCAUCAACCGACCAGCGCGUUGCAACAACUUUCAAGCAAGCUACUGCAGCUGAUGUCUCUACAAAGCCGCACUCCAGUAUCGAAACUCGAGAAUUCACAGAUUUUACUCAGAGAAUCUUGGACGCUCUUCAUUUUCAGAGCAUUUCAGACAGACGUGCUGCAAUUCCUAUGCCUCAUACUCACACAUUCGAAUGGAUAUUCAAAAAGCCUAGCUCCCUUGAUACGCCGUGGGACAGUCUCGAUAACUGGCUGAGGCAAGGUAAGGGCUGUUAUUGGAUAAACGGUAAGGCGGGUAGUGGGAAGAGUACGCUCAUGAAAUACAUCGAAGAAAACAAAAAGACAAGAGCUGCUUUGAAUCAUUGGGCUGGCCCAUCCAAGCUCAUUACCGGAUCAUUCUUUUUCUGGUAUGCGGGAAGUACCAUGCAAAAGUCUCAGGAAGGACUCCUGCGGUCUUUACUACUUGACGUGCUUACACAACAACCGCAAUUGGUACCAACAUUAUUUCCUGAAGCUUACCGCACAAUCAUUGCAUGUCAACACGAUACCCAGAUUAGUCUUUCGUUUUCGGAAUUGAAAAGAGCCUUUUUGAACCUCAUUGCCUCUGUACCUAAGGGAUUAAAGAUCUGCUAUCUUAUCGAUGGUGUGGAUGAAUACCUAGGCGAUCAUAACGAGAUCGCUGAAUUAUUCCAACAGGCCACCGCCUCCGAGUCUGUCAAGAUCCUUCUGUCGAGUCGUCCGAUACCUGCUUGUUUUCAAGCCUUUUCUAACUGCUCGACACUUCGUCUUCAAGAUCUGACACAGCAAGAUAUCAGACAUUACGUUUACGACGAAUUGGCCCAAAAUCCUCUCAUGUUGCGACUGGAGGCUGCUGAAACAGGUUGUACCAGCAGACUCGUUGACGGCAUUACUAAGAAAGCCGCAGGUGUUGUCCUCUGGGUCGUGCUUGUAGUGAGGAAUCUCCGUUCGGGGCUUCAGGAUUACGACAAUUCUGCGGAACUUCAGAGGAAGUUGGACGAACUUCCCCCAACACUCGAAAAGCUAUAUGGACAUAUGCUGGGAUCCAUGAGUUCCCACCAUCGACAACAAGGAUCUAAGUUACUACAAAUGGUCCUGCGUAGUAUAAAAACGCAUGGUGACUUUCCCCUGACAGUACUCCAAUUAUCAUUUGCAGAAGAAGACGACUACACACGAGCUUUAUCGGUUCCAAUAAAGCAAAUUACUGAAAAGGACGCUGAAUGGCGGUGCGAAGUGAUCGAAGGACGACUGCGAAGUCGAUGUUGUGGGCUCAUAGAAGUCCAUGAUCGACGAUGUCUGCGGGGAGCUGGUAAGGCGAGGAAAUCUAUCGGGUUCCUUCAUCGAACUGCUAUCGAAUUCUUACAAGGAGAAAAUAUCUGGACCGAUUUAGUAUCUCUGACUUCUGAAACUAAAUUCGACGUCAAUCUGGCUCUUUUUAGCUCAGCUCUGUGGGAGAUGAAAGUGACUGCCGGAUCGUCAUGCAAUAGUGGUGAGAGAACUUCUACUAUAGAAAGUUUACUCCGCAUUAUGAGUUACGAGAGAUACUUUGACACAUACGAAAUGGAAUUUGCUACCAAGUAUUUGCCACAUGUACGAAGGACAAUGUACCAUCACUGGGCUGAAUUUAGGAAGACGGAUGCCCUAGAUUUAUCGACUAUAGAAGCAGCGACAGCGAAUUAUAUCGAUCGGCUCGGUAUGGCCUUCCCGGUGUCUUUUAUGUUCUUUGCCGCAAGCCAGUGCCCGUCAAGCCACCUCCAAGCCCUCUUUGUGCUGUAUCGGGACCCCUUUAGAAAGGAGGAAUCCGACGAAGAACAAGAGAUAUUAGAUUAUGGAGCUGUCAGCCCCUCAGCAACCCCUCAGAUGAAUCCUAUUGAUGUUUCCAUUGCUACAGACUUACUUUUACUUUAUCUGGACAAAAGUAUGGCACCUCUUCGAUCGACAAUUUCCCAGAACAUUCUUGGGUGCUGGUCAGCUCUGUAUGCCACAAUUUCGCCUGAUCAGGCAAUACAACGACAUUGGAAUCAAAGAUGGCGAGAAGUGACUACAGACGAGCUGAUUCGAUAUAGUAUUUGGGAUUAUACCUUACACACGGCCUUCACUAUCUCACGAUACAACGAGGACGACUUUGAGGAGCUGUACCAGUAUGGGCUAGUAGACUCAUUCUUCGAUCUCAUCAUUGAUCUUCUGGAAAAACAGUGUUCUAUAUCCACGACUAUCAGUGUGGCGUCCGAUAACCGCCGCAUGGGCGAUACAGGAGUCAUGUCUGUUUCUGCCGCUGCUGUACUUAAUGAGCUAAUAUCUCGCGCCUGGAAGCGGCAAGUAUGGAAGCCAGAUCCAACACAGCAAAAAGAAAAACUAGACAAGAUCACAGAGAAGGCAUGUGCCAUUGAAAAUAAAAUGAAAGGGACAAGGGCUUAUUCAGAAUACACUGUACAAGUCAUCCACAAAGAGCCGCGAAUCGAAGAAUCUCUCAAGAGCCGUCUCAAACGUCUAAGCCUCAAACAAAAGUCUCCCCCGCCAACUUCUGCCUCCACCCCCGUCGCUUCUACACGACAGGAGAAGAAAAUUGUAUACCACGACAGCGAAUCCGAAAUCUCGCCCUGGAGGAAGUACAUAACAAGCAGCGAAGACGACACUAUAGUUACAAGCACACCAGAGCAAAGGGACGAACCAGACGCCAAGUUUAUGAAGCGCUGGAAAUCUACUCCCAGGGCAACGAGAAUUUCAUUGCUGUAUCCAGAGGAGCAGGAACUUGCCAGAUUACUAUCUUUGCCAGGCAAUAAUCGAGAGGGACGACUGGCAUUAGGGAGAGUACGGAAGAUGCCGUUGGCGAAACAGGAGUUGAUUUUGGAGUGUGCUGGGAUUUUGAAGGGUUAA